CACUGCGGCGUCUACGUCGACCCGUAGAGGAUCUCUGCCCGUGAUAGCGUAAGAAGCUGGACCCUCGUUGACUUCCCUUCUCGACGUCGAGGCGAAGGAGGAGCCAGGGCAUUUUGGAGUAGGAGGAGGAGCUUCUGGCCUGACGCCAUGGACGGCUCCCCCACGGUCCUUCUUUCCCUUCUAGUGGCGGGAUUAGCAGUGCUCCCACUCCUGGUCAACGCCAGAUCCCCGACUCCGAACAUACACAUAUGUCACAGCCUGACCUGCCCUGGACAGGACGGCUUCUACGCGCACCCGACCUUCUGCACAGAUUACGUCCACUGCGUUGCCGGCGUCCCAUAUGUCAAGAAAUGUCCUUCCAACCUGAACUUCAAUGCGGUGAAAGGGGCGUGUGACCACUCGAGGGACGCCCACUGCACGCCCUUCAAGAAGUCAUGCGAGCUGACGAUCCCCUUCGUCCCAGGAGGCGUGACAGACGACCUCGUGACGUGUGACUGCGAAGGCCCCUGCAUCAAGCCGCACCCGUAUCGCUGCGAUGCCUUUUACCACUGCGACGCUGCUGGAGUGGAGCACCUUACAGAGUGUCCCGGAGACUUGAUGUUCAACGCCAUGGUUGAACAAUGUGAUCUGCCGGAGAACACCAAAUGUGAACCUGCGCCCACCUGCUCCUGUGACAACUGCCGGUACCCUUCGUCUGAAAUGUGCUCUGCUUACUGGCAGUGUGAGGGUGGCCAAGCAGUGCAACACUUCUGCAGUAGCGGCCUUCUCUUCAACCGUGACACCUCACAGUGCGAUCUGGCCAUCAAUGUAGAUUGCAGCGAAGGGGCCUGGGAGGAAGGUGCUUUCCUGGAAACGGCCUGCGUUGACCGACGCUUGGACUGUCCAAAGUUUGUUAAGGAUGGAGGGUGCCAGUGCAGUGGGAGUAACUGUGACUGGCAGUCAUUUGUUCUUAGGAACUGUCCAAAGUCCUGCGGCAACUGCAAAGAAAACCAAAUUAUUAGCAAGAGGACAUUUGCCUUGGAAGAAAAAGGACCUAGAAGAAAACAUGGAAGCAAAGAGUCCGGAAGCAAAGAGUCAGGAAGCAAAGAAUCCGGAAGCAAAGAGUCAGGAAGCAAAGAGUCAGGAAGCAAAGAAUCCGGAAGCAAAGAGUCAGGAAGCAAAGAGUCAGGAAGCAAAGAGUCAGGAAGCAAAGAGUCAGGAAGUAAUGAAAGCCACAAACCAGGCCACAGCCAUGAAUCAGGAAGCCACAGUCAUGAAUGUGGUGGUAAUGGUGGGUCUGGUAACGGAGGUGGAGGUGGAGACGGCGGAAACGGAGGUGGAGGGGGAGACGGAGGAAACGGAGGUGGAGACGGAGGAAACGGAGGUGGAGACGGAGGAAACGGAGGAAACGGAGGUGGAGGUGGAGACGGUGGAAGCGGAGGUGGAGACGGAGGAAACGGAGGUGGAGACGGAGGAAACGGAGGUGGAGGUGGAGACGGAGGAAACGGAGGUGGAGGUGACGGUGGAAACGGCAAUGGAGGAAGUGGAGGCGGAUCAGGAGGUGGAGGGGAAGGAGGCAACGGUGGAGGUGGAGGCAGCGGAAGUGGAGGAGGCGACGGUGGAAAUAACGGCAAUGGAGGAAGUGGAGGUGGAUCAGCGGGUGGAGGAGAUGCAGAAUGUCAAGAUAACGAACUUGACUGCUUGUACUGGGCAGCAAACAAUGACUGCAUCUGCAAGCCCACAGAUGGAGAUUGCUCAUGGCAAUACUACGUGGCUGCAGUGUGCCCAAAGAGCUGUGGUACUUGUGGAAACGGAGGUGGUGACGGAGACGGCGGAAACGGAGGUGGAGGUGGAGACGGCGGAAACGGAGGUGGCGGUGGAGACGGCGGUAAUGGAGGAAAUGGUGGAAGCAUCGACGGCUGCGUCAUUGAUUGCUCCCUCGGAAAGUAUCUGCCACAUCCAAGUGACUGCCGCAAGUUCAUCCAGUGUGCCCCGUAUGGUCCUGAAGAGAUGCCUUGUGCUCCUGGAACGGUCUGGAACCAACAGAAACUCACCUGUGAUCACGAAUGGGCUUCUCCGUGUGUGACAGGCAGCUACUUGACUCCAGAAGGUCUGCCAUGUGGAGGAGGUAGUGGUGGAAAUGGAGGUGGAGGUGGAGACGGCGGAAACGGAGGUGGAGGUGGAGACGGCGGAAACGGAGGAAAUGGUGGAAGCAUAGACGGCUGCGUCAUUGAUUGCUCCCUCGGAAAGUAUCUGCCACAUCCAAGUGACUGCCGCAAGUUCAUCCAGUGUGCCCCGUAUGGUCCUGAAGAGAUGCCUUGUGCUCCUGGAACGGUCUGGAACCAACAGAAACUCACCUGUGAUCACGAAUGGGCUUCUCCGUGUGUGACAGGCAGCUACUUGACUCCAGAAGGUCUGCCAUGUGGAGGAGACGGCGGAAACGGAGGUGGCGGUGGAGACGGCGGUAAUGGAGGAAAUGGUGGAAGCAUCGACGGCUGCGUCAUUGAUUGCUCCCUCGGAAAGUAUCUGCCACAUCCAAGUGACUGCCGCAAGUUCAUCCAGUGUGCCCCGUAUGGUCCUGAAGAGAUGCCUUGUGCUCCUGGAACGGUCUGGAACCAACAGAAACUCACCUGUGAUCACGAAUGGGCUUCUCCGUGUGUGACAGGCAGCUACUUGACUCCAGAAGGUCUGCCAUGUGGAGGAGACGGCGGAAACGGAGGUGGAGGUGGAGACGGCGGAAACGGAGGAAAUGGUGGAAGCAUCGACGGCUGCGUCAUUGAUUGCUCCCUCGGAAAGUAUCUGCCACAUCCAAGUGACUGCCGCAAGUUCAUCCAGUGUGCCCCGUAUGGUCCUGAAGAGAUGCCUUGUGCUCCUGGAACGGUCUGGAACCAACAGAAACUCACCUGUGAUCACGAAUGGGCUUCUCCGUGUGUGACAGGCAGCUACUUGACUCCGGAAGGUCUGCCAUGUGGAGGAGGUAGUGGUGGAAAUGGAGGUGGAGGUGGAGACGGCGGAAACGGAGGUGGAGACGGCGGAAACGGAGGUGGUGACGGAGACGGCGGAAACGGAGGUGGAGGUGGAGACGGCGGAAACGGAGGUGGAGGUGGAGACGGCGGAAACGGAGGAAAUGGUGGAAGCAUCGACGGCUGCGUCAUUGAUUGCUCCCUCGGAAAGUAUCUGCCACAUCCAAGUGACUGCCGCAAGUUCAUCCAGUGUGCCCCGUAUGGUCCUGAAGAGAUGCCUUGUGCUCCUGGAACGGUCUGGAACCAACAGAAACUCACCUGUGAUCACGAAUGGGCUUCUCCGUGUGUGACAGGCAGCUACUUGACUCCAGAAGGUCUGCCAUGUGGAGGAGACGGUGGAAACGGAGGUGGAGGUGGAGACGGCGGAAACGGAGGAAAUGGUGGAAGCAUCGACGGCUGCGUCAUUGAUUGCUCCCUCGGAAAGUAUCUGCCACAUCCAAGUGACUGCCGCAAGUUCAUCCAGUGUGCCCCGUAUGGUCCUGAAGAGAUGCCUUGUGCUCCUGGAACGGUCUGGAACCAACAGAAACUCACCUGUGAUCACGAAUGGGCUUCUCCGUGUGUGACAGGCAGCUACUUGACUCCAGAAGGUCUGCCAUGUGGAGGAGGUAGUGGUGGAAAUGGAGGUGGAGGUGGAGACGGCGGAAACGGAGGUGGAGGUGGAGACGGCGGAAACGGAGGAGGAGGUGGAGAUGGUGGAAACGGAGGAGGAGGUGGAGAUGGUGGAAACGGAGGUGGAGGUGGCGGAAACGGAGGUGGCGGAGGAGACGGUGGAAACGGAGGUGGAGACAGCGGAAACGGAGGUGGCAGUGGAGAUGGCGGAAAUGGAGGUGGUGAUGGAGGUGAUGAUUGUCAACUAUCGUGUCCAGAAAAGGAAGGUCUUUUUCCUCAUCCCCGGGAUUGUAAGAAAUGGAUUCAUUGUUCCCAUAGUAUACCUUUCGUCAAGAAGUGUCCCUUCCACCUUCAUUUCAAUCCCGUCCUACGAGUGUGUGACUGGCCAUAUAGAGCCCAGUGUAUCGCUACUCCUGAUGCUGACUGCCAGAUUCCAGAGCCUGUGCUUCCCACGGAACCCCCUAAUGUGAAGCCUGACAUUUGUGACUGUGAGUGCUGCCUCAGACCUCAUCCCGAGGAUUGCACAGCCUACUAUUACUGUGAGCCAAAUGCAAGCGCUGAAUUCCACACCUGUUCCGAAGGGCUUGUGUUCAACCCACAGUUGAGUCAGUGUGUUCUUCAAGUAGAUUACCCACAGUGUCAACCUGAGAAACCCCCAACCUGUGAUCCUACAUGUGAAUGCCUGUACCCUGCCCAUAGCUGCUCAGAAUACUACAAGUGUAAUGGUGAUGGUAUUCCUGUCAAAUAUGAGUGUACAGGAGGGCUUUACUUCAAUGAUCAGAAACACACAUGUGACCUCCCUGAAAAUGUUUCCUGUGAGGAAAGGCGUAAAAGAAAUGAAAUAGACCCUACAACAGAACAACACUACAUUUUACCGGAGGAGUGUAAGGAUCUGCAAGGAAUGUAUGCUAUUAAGGACACACCAAGUUCGUAUUACCUUUGCAGUCAUGGCAUAGCCUUUGAAAUGCGGUGUCCAGAUGGUGGCGUGUUCUCAAGCAAAGCCAAGAAAUGCAUCUUAAGGAAGUAAAUACUAGACUAUAAAUAAAGGAGCAUUGACAGGCUACAGUUAUUUUCAAAACUUGUAUUUGAUAAAGUUAUUUUCUGUUCUUCACCCUACAUCUGUUAGUCUUGAUUGUAAAUGUAAUGAUAAUUUAA